AAGCGAUCUUAUAAGAGACUACCCCGAACAGACAAGGGUGGAACUAACGACAACGUCGCCUUUGAAAGUCCUGAACCAACGUAAACAACUGACCUCGCCAUGUUGACUUUAUUCGCACCCAUCUUGCUCCUCUUCCACACAGCGGUCGCAGCCCCUAUCGGGAACACAGUAGCUGCUGCAACCGUAGGCAAAAUCCGCGGUGUGCGUGAGCCGAUUUACCAUCUCUACCUGCAGGCCAACUCCAAAAACGAGUCAAUUCCCGUCCUCGGGCCCGAAAGCGCAGCCGACGAAUUCACCAUAGGCGGAACUAUCCAAUCGAAGAAAACAAGCAAGUACCUAAAUAUCCAAACGGUGAGCACGAGUUUCAAGCCGCUGGUCUGGGGCGCAGCGGGGGAGACGACGGCGUGGGGGCUGGAGGGGGACACGAUAAUCACGGUGCAGGGGAGUAGUUAUGGGAGACGUUGCGUUCCGCUAGAUAAGCGAUGGAUGGAGCAGUAA